CGUACACAGGGUAGAAAGAAACAAUGGCUAGCAACAUACAAUACGAUUGCGCAAAUUGUGCUAAAUCCUUUGACUCUAGCAAAAAGUUGCUUCAACACGAUAGUCGGGUACACGGACCCACGAGUCACCAGUGCAUUCUGUGCAAAAGAAUAUUCAAAAGGUUAGAUGCUCUCAGGAGACACCAGGCUACAUGCCCGGGAAUCGGAAAUGAAGAAGAGGAUAACUUCCCCAUUACACCAGUGGCAUCAACCAGCAAAAACGAGAAUGACAUUGGGUUAAAACGAAAAAAUCUGGAUAGUGUUAACAAACAGUUUAAAUUCAAAAAAAAUAAACUAAGCUUAAAAAAGGGAACAAUGAAAACAACAUCUAGCCCAUCAACAGAUUUGAACUAUGUCCGCAAAUCCGUGAUAGAACCCCCUACAAUAUCCAAAACACAAACUGUGGGACCGUCGGUGGCCGACACGUCGCAACAGCAACCCGUACUUUGGAAUCAAACAAAAAACUUCCAGAGAUCUGUACCGGGUCCCGCGGUAAAUCAAGUAUCCAAAGCACAAACUGUGGGACCGUCGGUGGCCGACACGUUCCAACAGCAACCCGUACUUUGGAAUCAAACAAAAAACUUCCAGAGAUCUGUACCGGGACCCGCGGUAAAUCAAGUAUCCAAAGCACAAACUGUGGGACCGUCGAUGGCCGACACGUCGCAACAGCAAUCCGUUCUCUGGAACCAAUCAAAAAACUUCCAGAGAUCUGUGCCGGGACCCGCGAUAAAUCAAGUAUCCAAAGCACAAACUGUGGCACCGUCGAUGGCCAAUACGUCGCAGCAGCCACCCGCACUCUCGAACCAAACAAUCAACUUCCGAAAUUCUGUGUCGGGACAUGGACAUGUGGCCGAUUCAAUUAAGCGAGGGGUUGCUAUUUCAGCUAAUGCAGAUACUAGUACUUCAACGGGCUCUGUUCGCAGUAACAAUAAGCACCCUACUCCCUUCAAUAAUGGUGAUGAGAAUGAAUUUUUGGAUUUGUUCUCAGCAUCAGAUGUUGAGAGGAACUCGAUUCUAAAGGAUUUGAAAUCCUCUAUGGGAGUGCAAGUGGAAUUGCUCAAACAAAUGAUUACAAAUCAGAAUCAACUAACAGAACAAUUGGUGAACAACACACACACAAAUAGGAAGAGAAAAGAAUCAAAGCUAAACCCCAAUCACCCACCACCUCCAGAAAAGCGAGCGCGAUCAAUAUCAUUCACGCUCGAAGAACAAGAUGAUAUUGAUAGGGAUUUAAUCGAGAUGGCUGAACUCACAGAGGCGGAUUACGAUGAAAUCUCAGAGAGUGCCUGGGAUAAUGUUUUCAAUACACCAAGUGCAAACAUAUACCUGCCGAGCGAAAGACUGUAGAUCUCAGUUUAAUAACAGGAGAGACUUGCACCGUCACCGAAUGGAACAUCAUUUCCAGAUUGGUGGUGCAAUUAAGUCACCGCCAUGGGGAGAGGAUGACAGCAACAAUGAAGAUGAUGAUAAUGAUGAUAUCCGGGCACCUUGGAUGAAUAAUGAUGGAUCAAUUAACGAAGACCUCAAAAGGGAAUAUAUGGUGAAUAAAAAACUUAUUUUAGCUGAUGAUAAAGUAAAUGAUUUGGUAUCCAUUUAUAAUUUCCCCACCGCAUCCAACAUUUCUGCCAACGACCUUGUGGACUAUUUUCAUAGCGUAUACGAUCAACAAAGUUCAGCUUUUAAAUUCAAUAUAUCGGUAUCAAUGAUUCUAGAAAAUAUAGAGACAGAUCGGUUUCGGUAUUUUGCGGCUGGACCAAAUAAUUUUCAAUUUGAAACUCCGCUGCUUGUCUCAAAUAUUCACGAGUUGCAAUUAGCAUCAGAUGAGAUUAAACGACUUACAAUCGAAAACUUUACAUUACCCUUGCGCGAAGAUACAAAAUGG